AAAGUUGGAAUGCUGUGCUGAACGCAGCCGCAGCUUGCCGUACGCAUGCAUGCGGCGGAUUAGAAAGGACUCAAACGUAAGUAAGUUGCUGAUAUAGCUUUACGCUACCUUCCUUGCACGAUGAUAGUCUCUCCACAGGAUCCUGCAGAUCCAACUACCUCUGAACUCAAAGCUCACCUGGACACCGAGAAUGUGCCUACACAACUUCCUGGAGAAGCACCCCCUCCAUCAUAUUAUAGCAACCCCUCGGGGCAAGAUGCAACUACGAGUACAUCCUCUUCCAGCCAUCUUGUUCAGCCCCCGUUCAAGUCCAAACCAACAAAUUAUCUGAAUCUCUUCAGUGAGCAUAGCUCUAUGAAGGGGGAGUACGUCAUAGACCCUUGCAUGAGCAUCCCUGCUUCUCUUCUUCCACCCCUGCGUCCGGAAGAGAGCGAGGCAGACAGGAAAAAUCUGUGCUUGCGCUCGACAAAUGGAUCUGUCAACGCAGAAGUAUGGCUUCUCCGUGCUCGAGACGGCCAACCUUACGAUCCUAAGAGGCCCGCAAAACGCACGAUACUCGACGUUAGUUCUGAACAUGGUGCUGUUAUUGUGCGGGUUCAAACAAUUCACGGGGCUGCCCCGUUCUUGCUGACCAUUUCCGCGAAGAAUGGCACUGCGAAUGUUACCCUUCCACGCUCCUUCCACGGUCUCCUUCUUUUAUCGACCAGGCACGGCUCCGUCUCACUCGCUGAUACUCUCUCCGAGAAUUGCACGCAUUUGAGUCAGGUGGAUUUAACUCGAAGAUACUUUGUUGGAGACUUGUCCAUGGUUAAUGACAGUGAUUGGACUGGAGAUGAACUGCGGGUUGAAGCAGAACAUGGAAGGAUCAGGGUAAAAUACAUUGAAGAGGAUACCAAGGCAGACCAUACCAGCAAAGGAGGGCUUUUGACUCGAUUAUUCGGGUGGUAGUGGACGUUCCUGGAGUUACAUGUAUGACUAUCUCAUGUACAACUUACAAUCAACGCCAUGUGAUGAUGAUUGACAGCUGCCUCACGCCUGCCUUCUUUGCCUUUAUCAUU